GUAUAUUGCAAUUGUGGCGCUUGUAAGUGGGUAUUGAAUUGCUCUAUACGUACACAAUAACAUAACUUACGUAUUAAAAGUUGGAAUAAAUUUAAAUAUUAACGUGAUAUUUUGUUUGUAAUAUACGAGUAACAGAGAAGAAGAUUAGAUUUGUUUAACUAAUUUCAUUGAAAAUAUCAUUCAUAUAUUUUAACCACUAAAUCUGAAGUACAAUUUUCUAACCUCUAUUACCGCGUUACUUAUUAGUUAAGUAUAUGAUCGUUGAAGAUUCAUUUUUUCUUUCUGGCGUAACAAUAAGAUAUGUUUGUACAAACAAUGUCUACAAACAUAAGAAAAAACGUGUGUCAUUUGUAACAUAGUUAGAACAAAUUAUACAUGAGAAUGUGAUUUGUGAAUAAUUUUUAUGAUUGGAUGAUAAUCACAAAAUUAUAAAAGAAUGUCUGUGAAAAGAAAGCCAGAAACACAAGUGCCAGCCGAAGAAAGUGAUUUAUUAUCGAUUAGACCGCUUGGAGCUGGCCAAGAAGUCGGAAGAUCGUGUAUCAUGUUGGAAUUUAAAGGCAAAAAGAUUAUGUUAGAUUGUGGUAUACAUCCUGGCUUAUCUGGUAUGGAUGCAUUACCAUUUGUGGACUUGGUAGAAGCAGAUGAGAUUGAUUUACUGCUAAUUUCUCAUUUUCAUUUGGACCAUUGUGGAGCCUUACCAUGGUUUUUACAAAAAACCAGUUUUAAAGGACGAUGUUUUAUGACACACGCCACUAAAGCCAUAUAUCGUUGGCUCUUGUCUGACUAUAUCAAAGUUAGUAACAUUGCGACAGAGCAAAUGUUAUACACCGAAUCUGACCUAGAAACUAGUAUGGACAAAAUAGAAACUAUCAAUUUCCAUGAAGAAAAAGAUGUGUUUGGAAUCAAAUUUUGGGCCUAUAAUGCCGGCCAUGUAUUAGGUGCUGCUAUGUUUAUGAUUGAAAUAGCAGGUGUUAAAAUUUUAUAUACUGGGGAUUUUAGUCGGCAAGAAGAUAGACAUUUGAUGGCAGCUGAAAUUCCAAAUAUUCAUCCAGAUGUUUUAAUUACUGAAUCUACUUAUGGUACACAUAUACAUGAAAAAAGGGAAGAUCGUGAAGGAAGAUUUACAAAUUUAGUUCAUGAAAUUGUUAAUAGAGGGGGAAGAUGUUUAAUACCAGUGUUUGCAUUAGGUAGAGCACAGGAACUUCUCCUUAUUUUGGAUGAAUAUUGGAGUCAACAUCCUGAACUUCAUGAAAUUCCCAUUUAUUAUGCUUCUUCUUUAGCAAAGAAGUGUAUGGCUGUUUAUCAAACUUAUGUAAAUGCAAUGAACGACAAAAUUAGACGGCAAAUAGCUAUUAACAAUCCUUUUGUAUUUAAACAUAUCUCCAAUUUAAAAGGAAUUGAUCAUUUUGAAGAUAUUGGACCGUGUGUAGUAAUGGCUUCUCCUGGUAUGAUGCAAAGUGGGCUAUCAAGGGAAUUAUUUGAAUCUUGGUGUACAGAUGCAAAAAAUGGAGUUAUAAUUGCUGGUUACUGUGUAGAGGGAACAUUGGCAAAAACUAUUUUAUCAGAACCUGAAGAGAUUACAACCAUGUCUGGACAAAAGUUACCAUUAAAAAUGUCUGUUGACUAUAUAUCAUUUUCAGCACAUACAGAUUAUCAACAAACUUCAGAAUUCAUACGUAUUUUAAAACCACCACAUGUUGUACUUGUGCAUGGGGAACAAAAUGAAAUGGGUAGAUUAAAAGCAGCAUUGCAAAGAGAAUAUGAAGAUGAUCCUAAUACAACAAUGGAAAUACAUAAUCCAAGAAAUACUGUUGCUGUAGAAUUAUACUUUAGGGGGGAAAAAACUGCCAAAGUAAUGGGCACAUUAGCAAUGGAAACACCAAAACCAGGACAAACAUUAUCUGGGGUUUUAGUGAAAAGAAAUUUCAAUUAUCAUAUGCUAGCACCUUGCGACUUAUCAAAAUAUACGGAUAUGAGUAUGAGUCAAGUUAUUCAAAGACAGAGCAUUUAUUUUUCAGCAUCAUUACCAGUAUUAAAACAUCUUCUAACUCAAAUUGCUGGAAACUUGGAAGUUGUAGAUGAUAAAAAAUUACGUGUUUUUAAAAAUAUUGAUGUCACAAUUGAUGGAAAAAUUGUUACUAUGGAGUGGAUCGCAACACCUGUAAAUGAUAUGUACGCAGAUUCUGUUUUGACUGCAAUAUUACAAGCUGAGAUGAUGGAACAGCCACCCAAAGUAUUACCAGCACCUACAAAAAUGGAUCGAAUGCAUUUUAAAGAAUGUUUGAUAGAAAUGUUACAAGAAAUGUUUGGGGAGGACUCUGUUCCUAAGAUCUUUAAAGGAGAAAAGCUGUAUGUAACAGUUGAUGGGAAAAAAGCACAUAUAGAUUUAUUAAAUUUAGAAGUCACCAGUAAAGAAGAUGAAACAUUUCAACAAAUAGUACAAACAGCAGUAACAAAGUUACACCAGUCUCUUGCACCUCCCUGUGAUACAAUUUAAGAAAUAUUUUUUUUAAGUUACAUAUAGGAUAUAAUGCUUGCAAGAUUACUAUUAUGUAUAUUAAUAGAAAAUGUUGAACAACAAAGACUUUUAUUUCUUAUACAAUUCAAUGGUAUUAUACAACACAAUCACUUAUACAUUUUUACAAAAAUAAUGAUAUUAAUAAGUAAAAGUAUAA